UCUACUCACCUUGACACAAACAGCCGAAUGAAGUAGGCAGAGCGGGAAAAUUGCUGUUGAUAUUUUGUUCGUCCUUUGUGUGGUCGCGUGUAUUUGUACUUGGAAGGUAAAAAUUGCAACUAAUCGCCGUGUGUUAUCACGAUUCUUGCUCGUUCUGCCUAAAUAUCAUCCUUGGAGGGAUACAUUUUCGCGCCCACUAGUACGCCGGCAGGUAGCGCUAAUCCGUAGUGCGCGUUGCUACAAAACUACGUGGGGGACCCGCUUUUGUUUGUGUUCCGAGCAGCGGUAGUGUUCUAAGCGGGAUAAUUCUAGAAGGAAUUUCGCAAACGCAGCUGCCGGGGUUCCGGAUCUUGGUUAACGUACCGUAGCGCACGAGACGAACCGACUGAACGAUGGCCAAAGUGCAUAUCACCAACGUGGUGGUGCUGGAUAAUCCCAGCAGCUUCCUGAACCCGUUCCAGUUCGAGCUGACGUUCGAGUGCAUCGAAGAGCUGAAGGAAGACCUCGAGUGGAAGAUGAUCUACGUCGGUUCGGCCGAAUCGGAAGAGUUCGAUCAGGUGCUCGACACGAUCUACGUCGGCCCUGUGCCGGAAGGCCGGCAUAUAUUCGUGUUCCAGGCGGAUCCACCGAACGUCACCCGCAUACCCGAGCAGGACGCUGUCGGGGUGACGGUGGUGCUGCUUACCUGCUCCUACCGUGGGCAAGAGUUUGUCCGCGUGGGGUACUUCAUCAACAACGAGUACGCUGAUGCGGAAAUGCGUGAAAAUCCACCGCCGCGACCGCUGUUCCACAAGAUGACACGCAACAUACUGGCGUCGAAGCCGCGCGUGACACGGUUCAAGAUUAACUGGGACGAUGCGCCGGUGAACGGGGUGGCCGGUGGCCCCUCGAACGGGAUGAUGGAUGGUGAGGAGGCACCGACGGACGAGAUGGCCACAAACGGGGAUGCCGGCGAGGACCACGGAAUGGACGGUGAAUCGAUGAACAGUGGGCCAUCGCAUCAUCAUCAUCCAGCGGAUCUCGGGCACGACGACAAUAGUAUUGCGAUGCCGGCGACGGAAAUGCCAGAGUUCAACGAAAACUCCAACUCGCUCGCAAUGGAAUGCUGAGCGGCGUCCGGGCGCCCGCAUAUCAACAUCUCGUACGGAAGGUUUUCGUGUCCCGUCGUGUACACAACAUCUUUCAGCACACUAGCGUAGGAUUUAUAGCUAUUAAUGUAAUUAUUCAUCUUUGUCAACUGUUGCCACCUUUAAGCAGCAGACGCACAGGAAUGCGUGGGAAUAACCGUAGAAACGAACGCUAGCAACGGUUGCUGCGAUUCCGAUCCUCCAAGUGAGGUUAUGUCGGAGAUCCGAUCGGUUCUCAAUUUCUUUCAUAAAAAUUGUUAUUUCGAUCGCUGUAGGGAGUGCGCGCCAAAAAAAAAGGUUAGUUUUUUGUCUUUUCGAAUGAAUCGUUGUUAAGCGAAGAAGGAAGAAAACAACAACAAACAGAAAAACAAUUAAGGAGAGGAGCUAAAGUAUGUAAAUAACAAAUCAGCCAGAGUUGCGCGAGCCGUGUGUGUAAGAGAAAAAGCUCGCGGAUCCGGUUGAUUAGAAAUUAAAUAAACUCAUUUUGUAAUAACGAACUAACAGAACGAAA